AUGGUCAUAAAUGGUAAUGCUUACUUUAUGCAUGGCGCAGAUCUAAGAUGUUACGAUGGGUCUAUAAACAAGUUCACUGUAAUAUCCCUUGAUGAUCCCACACCUCUUUUGAACGCAGGUGGUUUUGAUUCCAAAAGAAAUACCACCAUAUAUACGUUCGGUUUCGAAGAAAAUACUGACUCUCCCGAUGUUCAGAGAAUUACAGGAGUCUAUUUAGAAUUUGACGUCAAUAUACUUCUACUAAACUGGGAAGUAGAAACUGACAUCCCAAUACUGGGACUAGCUUCGUAUCGAACUAUUGAUGUUAAUGUAAAACAGGUUGGUAGGAAAUUGGGAGAAGCAAUUAUAAAGUUGCAAGAUGCUGGAUUCUACUUACCGAGUUUACAUCUUAUUGGAUACUCUCUUGGAGCUCAUAUCAUGGGCUACGCGGGUAGAUAUGUCAAAAGUAAAGGAUAUCUGAUAUCUAGAAUUACAGGUUUAGACCCGGCUGGUCCUCUCUACAAUGGUCUAAUGCAAUUAUCUGGCUUGGACUCUUCCACCGCCUCUUUCGUAGACGUCAUACACGCUAAUCCUGGGGGGUUGGGUACGACUGAAAAUUUAGGUACCGUUGACAUAUGGCCGAACUGCGGUCAAUUUGUGCAGCCAGGCUGCGAAAACAACAGCGCUGACAUAUUGAAGCCCACAAGAAAUAGCUGCAGUCACAAUCGUGUAUGGCAAUACUUCUCAGAAUCUUUAGAAGAACCCUUUUCUUUUCCCGCAAGAAAAGCUGCAAGUUGUUGCAGCUGGAAGGCAGGGGAAAGAACUGACGAAAUCAUUUACAUGGGAGAUGACGUUAAUAGAACAGCAAAAGGUAGAUUUUAUUUGAGAACAAACUCAAAUGCUCCAUAUGGACUGGGAUAUGUUGGUACGGAGCCUGCAAAAAUAGAAAACGACGAUGGUGUUUUA